UGUAGAACCCACCAAACGAGGCUUAAACGUAAACACUCGCGAUCGCGCGAGAAGAAAAUUCUCCAAAACAAAUUGUAGCCGGCCCCAGUCCGAUUGGAUCUAGAAUGAGGAAAAGCAGCACCGGACAAAAAUAUGCAGAUCACAUGUAACCUUCGUUUCAAGUUACUUGCAUCAGCGCCGUUUUAUGCCAAGCAGUGUGUGCUCGAAUUUUGAAAUCAAAUAUUUUUCCGCUCGGUCGAGCAGCGUGGGAUAGAUUAUUUCAGUGGUCCCAUUGGAUAGUGAUCGACGGCCAAUGACGUCACGCGUUUGACCCAUUCCCAACCACCUUCGUGUUGUGUGUGUACGUGUAUUUAAGCUUCUGCUGGUUCCCCGUCCCCAUACCCGUCCGAUCGAUUGUUCGUUGAGGCAUGUGAAACGGAUCAAGUUUCACGACUGAAACAACGCGUUCCGUGGGGCGCGAGUGUAAAUUCCAAGCAACACACACAAAUCGAACGUUUGCUGAAGUUGCCGGUUGGUCAGUUAGUCACGAAUCGUCGACCCAUGGAUUUAGUCAUGGCAGCGCCGACCAAAAGUUCUUCGCCCCACCGGAUUAAGGUCAAGAAGGAGGUAUGCAGCGAACCGGAAAAUAUUAAGGACUUUGCGGAGACGGCCAUGAACGAUAUCCUCGGCUGGUACGGCUACGGGGACAGUGUGGAUCGUAUCGAUAUCGCAUUGUCCUCAUCUACCCCGGCACCGGCUGUCGGAAGUGAAUCCAAUCGCAGUAGCAGUGGCAGCAACAAGGAUAAUGACGGCACAAGUAAAGGCUCAUCCACGAUGAAAUCGAAGCACAACAAGGCCCAGCAGCAGCAGCAGCACAAGCCAAGGCAAUUCAAUAUGCGGCAGCAUAAUUCCAGUGAGUUAAGUGAUACUAUUGCAUCGGUAGCAGUCAUCGCAUCAGGUGUACCAUCGCCAUCAGCCUCGUUAGCAAAAACUACCAGCGGUGGUGGUAGUGGCAGUGGGGGUGGUUCAGCAGGUGGCAGUACAGGUUCUGCUUCCACUAACAACGAAUGCAGAAGUGGCGGCAGCACUAUCAGCAACAACAACAACAACAGCACUAGAAAUGGUGUUAAUUUACAUCAUCAUGGGGAAAGCUCAACUUCGGAGAAGGACAGCUCACGGGAAAGUUCCAAGAGUCCCAUGCUGGUGAAGAUGCUGGACAAGCAAGAACCCAUAUGCCAGUGGUGUCGACGUGGCGUUCCACCAAAUCAAACCGGCAUCCUUGGUACGACAGAGGGAACAAUCUUUUGUUCGGAGUCCUGCUUUUCCCAAAGUAGGCGUGCUUCAUUCAAACGUGCUAAAAUGUGCGAUUGGUGCCGCCACGUGCGCCAUGCCGUCAGUUACGUGGAUUUUCAAGAUGGCGUCACCCAGCUGCAGUUCUGUUCGGACAAAUGUCUCAAUCAGUACAAGAUGCAGAUUUUCUGUAACGAAACGCAAGCCCAUCUGGAUAUGAAUCCACACCUGAAGGAGAAAAGUGUUUCAACAGGAAGCCUCAUAACUCCCGAUCUGUGGUUGAAAAAUUGUAAAAGUCGCUCCAUUUCACCGGCGUCCGACCGAUCGGAAUCGAUCUCUCCUGCUCCCUCGCGCCCAUCACCGGAACCAUCUCCUGUUAUGCUAUCGCCUCCUGUCAAAAAACCGCUCAUAUCUGUGGCCCCACCCUCAAAAUUACUAUCGAAAAAUCUUCAAGCGGCCAUGACACGAUCAGUUGCAAAAUCAAAUCGAAAGCGCCGAUCUGGCCUACGUCCACAUCAGCAAGCCGUACUUCACUGCAGAAGAAACUCGAAUAGCAAAGUCAAUUUUCCCCAAGGGAAUAACAACAAUAACUCUAACGUGCUGAACAAUAAUUUGAACGUCACCAGUUCCCCAAGUAUACCGAAAGCGGUCACAUCCAUCGGUGGCAACGUUCAAGACUUGCGGUCCAGUAUCGUGAUUCCGAAACUUUCGCACCCAACGAAAUUCGAAAACCGGGACGCUUCAUCAACUCCUCGUCCUCAAAUUAACAUACCAUCACCUUUCCUGCCGAAUGCGACUAUGCGGCAUCCAUUCUUCCCACCAAACCCAGCCUUCCGUUACGGAUCGCCACCGUCUCCUCAAAACACAAUGCCACCACCUCCCCCUUUGAACAACCCACUAACCAAUCUGGAUGGUUCUAAUCGGCAACAGCCAUCGUUGUUAGGUUUGUCGGCUCCACCUGUAACCAUACUUGUUCCAUACCCAAUUGUUAUUCCUCUGCCGCUUCCAAUCCCUAUACCAAUUCCGUUGAUCGACUUCCUUAAAGCAACGGUUCCAAAGACGACCACGGAACCAGGUGGAAUGAGUGAUUCACCAUCAUCGAAUACCGUCGAAUUUCCAAUCAACUUCAGUGAUACUCGGGAAGCGAUAAGUGAAGCUGAACCGGACGAAGACAUCGGUGAAUCUCCAUUAGAUUUCACUAUUGUCAACCAUGAACAGCGACGGCAGAGGGAGGUUGAGCAAGUUGCGACUACUGUUCGAGCUAGCAGCGUAGAAAGCUAUUCCUUGGAGGCAAUGAAUUAUGGCGAGCGGAAUACGGGAGUUGAGGGUAGAAGUCCGGAACAAAAGUUACCGAAAUUUAAGAUUACCAGAGUGAAUACGAGAUUGGUUGAAGGUGAGUCGAUGGAACGUACCACGAAUGGUGUGGAGAGCGCAGAACAGCGAUCGACCAAGGAUAGUGACGCUGAAAGUAGGGAAAUGGUAGAACGUAGUAGGCCGCUUCGAAAGCGAAAACGAUUAGUGGUGCAUCACGAGGAAGCUAGCGUAGUCGGGUUUAGGGAAAGUGAUUCUGGCGAUGCUAAGGGAUAAGCUGAGGUAGGAGGAAUGGAUAAUUCGGGGUGUCCGAUUUUUCAGAUAUAUAAAAGAAUCCGUGUUAUUUCGAAAUAGUGACAUUUUGAAAUUCAAUAUUUUGUCGACUUAUGUUUAGCCCUGGAACGGCUAAAUUCUCUGCUCUGUUGCUGAAAUCGAUGUGACUGUGUUAUAACGUUCGUUUUUACUUCAGUGAUAUUCCAGUCUGAUGAAACAAAGAGCUAAGCUCAUAACAUUAAAGUUUGAGCGAGUGUAGACGCCUACGUAACUAAAGAUUCAGAUGAAUGAGUAUUGAGCGCUUGAGGGUCACUUUAACAAUAAGAGUUUCAAGCAGUCAAAUUUUCAAAUCGUUAUGUUUAAACUUUACUCAAAGAAGAUUGAAGUUGCUGUUCACAUUGAGACGGAAAGCUCUGAUAUUAGGUUUCAACCUACUCUUGCGAUGGAUAGACAGGACUGUUGAAUACAUCGGAAGUGAUCUGCAAAUAAGAUCAACGAUUCGGCUGAGGACUGUGAGAUAAAUAUUUUUUGGAAUAAUCCCAUAGCAUUUUCUACUUUUCAAAAAUGUAUAAAAUGACGAAAUACUAUUUUAAAGACUGCUCUGAACUUGUUUAUGAAACUCAUCGAAUGUACUAUUAAGGAAAGCUUCGUAUUGAUAUUCGAUUUGAUGAAGAGCAGUUUGGAUGUCGUCGGUAUUAUGGCACGUUAGACCUUCCACAUCUGAUAGUCCUCAUUGACCAGUAUCGGGAAAACCAGAUGCUCGCUAACAACUAACAUUAUAGUAUCUGGAUCCAUCUUAGCCCAUGCAGCCACUUGGCAAGGGCUACGUACUCAGCUUCGGUACUAGACAAGUUCACGCACUCUUGUUUAUGGCAGCCUUAUCUGAUGAGUUCCCGAGCAAAUUAUCAACUACAACUGAAUUGAAGCGGAUCGUGCGAGGAACUAGAACUGAUUGAAGCGGAUCGUUCGACACCAGAUGCGAUUAUCAGAGAGGAUCAUCAGACUCCAUAACGGGACAAGCGUAUGGAUAAAGUGGAGUUUAAUACAAUGCAAAACGAUGAAGAAAACAUAGAAGAGUUCGUGAAGAACUCCCAAGAAGAAAGCGACAGAUUGUGGUUAUACAUUGGAGGAACAAAAAAAAACUAUUGAAAGAUCGGUUGAUUGCGGGAGUUCGAGAUCACCAGAAAAGAAAAGGGUUACUCAAAGCCAGUGGAUGAUAUGGUGAAGAAAAUUCAAGAUCAUCAGCAGUGCCUCGAAUACGGCACCCUCAAUCACCUCAAGAAGGUCUGUCGGGCGAAGACAACGAAGAAGAGAUUCAGGAGCAAAUGGAAGACCCUGUAGGAAGCACGGAGACCUCUGACGAUAAAGAAGAAUGCGAGUUCGUCAAUAUCGCGAAGGUCGACAAUGUGGAUACAAAAGAUGCUGGCAAAUUCAUGGUACAACUGAAAGUAGUGGAUGGCAUUGGAACAAUUAAGCCUUUGGAGAUACAGGGUUGCCAAGUUGCAAAGUGCAAUUACAUCAGAGUUGAUUGAAGGGUUUAUUGUUGUACUAUUCCACACAUUCCGGGCGGCAAGGACCGCUUUUAAACGGCAGAGGAGUUUGCAAAGAAUUAGACACUAACUCCUAAGGCUACGGUUGCUGUGUCGUGUUGGCUAAGAUCAAGAGUCACACGACGUCAGCUGAAAGGUGCACUGACGAAUUGAAGACUAUCGUGGAGGGUCUCUUCCCGAGGCACGAGCCAACCGCAUGGCCGCCUUCACUAUACGUCGAUGCAGAGGUGAAAAUAUUGGUGACAAUCGAGUCUCCAACGACGAGAUCCUUACAAUGGCAAAAGUACUGAAAACGAAGAAAGUUUCCGAUCCGGACGGUAUCUCCAACGUGGCUCUAAAAACCGCGAUCCUGGCGUUUCCGGACAUGUUCAAGACAGUGCUGUAGAAAACCCUGGACGAAUGCUACUGCCCGGAUAGAUGGAAGAUCCAGAAGAUGAUGCCUGUGCCGAAACCAAGAAGGCCACCAGGAGAUCUUCAAAUCGGUUUAUAUACCUACUGGAUACUUUUGGUAAGCUUCUGGCAAGAUUCAUGCUCAACAAGCUGGCGAACUACACUGAAAGUGAGUACGGGUUAUCGCAGAGCAGUGAUGCCACAAGUACAGAUUUAUCUAGAAAGGUUAAGUAUUUUUGGUGCAGAUUCUGUACGCUAAAGAUUACAGACUUUUGUAAAAACGUACAGAGUGGUCCUAUGAGAUCGAUAUGAAUACGACGAAAUCCGUCCUGGUAAAGUUGAAAGUAUUAUCACUGUGUUACGAGAUAUUUUUGAGCGCUGAUGGUAUGUCCUCACGAAUUAGUUAAUGUCCUUGUGCAUGGAAGGCCAAACCAAACGACGGCGCCGGUGGUUGGGUGGUAAGCGUGACCGCCACUCAUUCCAGUUGGUCUGGGUUCAAUUCCAGCCGAGGUCGUUGAGAUUUUUCUGAGGUAAAAAAAUCUGUGGUCCCGUCUUCCUUCGGAAGGGAAGUAAAGCUGUUGGUCCCCGGUCCAUGGGUUUGAUAGAUCGAUAUCUAGUCCAGAUAUUGGAGUUACCUCUCUCGCUCUGGCGUCGGUAAUGAAGACGUAGAAGCCAACUUCUAUUCUUACUAACAAAUAUCCUCACGGGAGGAUUGCGCAGUAGUAUAUACGGCCUCCAGCAAAAGCAAGUAUUGGACUAACAUUCUCCUUCCGCGAUCUGGCCGCCGCCGGUAUUGAUCAAUAAACAAGUUAGGAUUGCCAGGAGUUGCACAUUGAAAGAUGUUUCGCUACUCCCAAGUAUAGUUGUCUACUGAUUCCCUGUGCAACAUCAGCUAGUCCAGAUGGAUAACAGAGUAGCAGCCGGGAAUGGUUGCACAAGUUCGAGCUCAAAGUAUGAAGGGCCAAACCAAACGAUCGGAAAUGAGCGCUAGGGGCUUUGACGUAUCGGGAUAGUACAUCAUCUGCAAGACAACGUUUACAUUCGUCGAAAGAUUGCUGUGCUCAUUCAUCUCAAGUAAUUGUCCUUGAGUCGUUUUUUCGAUUGUCGCGAAUGAGUUUCCGAAGAACUUCAUGAGGUUCCACAGCGUGUGGGAUAAAUGGUUCAUAUAUGUUCACCAACGCGAGGAACCGUCGCAAUCCCUUAACUGUUGUUGCUGUAGUGAAGUUCAACACGCGAUGGUAGGCCAGUUUCUCGAAGGUGGUCAGUAUUGUCUUGUGCUCUUCCUCGCUUGACGAUACGACGGAAAUAUCGUCAAUAAAAACCACUACAAACUCCAGGUCGCCGAAGAGCUUAUUUAUAAACUUUUGGAAUGUUAGACUGGCAUUGCAGAGCCCGAACGGCAUUCGAAGGAAUUCGAAUAGGAAAUCACCUCGCUUGGUCCGAAUAGUUGUACAAUACGGGCUUGUGGUGGUAAUGCAAAACGGGUGUUGAGCCGAUCUUUGGUCGAUUUGUAUAGUUCUCGUUCUAUGGUGGUGUGUUUACCCCAUCCGAAAUAUGGCAAAUGACGGUCUGGUCGAUCCUAGCGAUGAUAUGCCAAAACUUCGUUUAGUCUUGUGUAAUAUGAGCGAGAUGAAAUUGGGCUUCUGCCUACUCAGAUCACAUAUUUGCAUAGUUUUCCCAGAUGUCUGGCAGCUUCACAGAAAAGCGGCCCUUACACGUUCAAUAUUUUUAUCAAUACGAGUAUUGACGAUAUUGCUUCAAUGCGUCAGUCAAAGGUCCUCGCCCUCAAAAACACGACGUGUCCAGCCCACUGCAAACGUCCAAUUUUUUGCGGUAUGCGCGAUGGAUGGUUCUUCCAGCAGCUGAUGCAACUCAUGGUUUAUUCGUCUGCGCCACGUUCCGUCUUCCAUCUGCACGCCACCAUAGAUGGUACGCAGCACCUUUUCAGGUCCAGGUCUAGUGCGUAGAGGACCACCGGUCUAAUUAGCGUCAACUUCGUGCGGUGGCGAAUUUUGUUCGACCGAAGCGUCCUCCGGAGUCUAAAGUAGGCACGAUUUCCCGCCAAGAUCCCUCUCUGAAUUUCUCCGCUGGUGUCAUUGUCGGCAGUUACCAGUGAUACCAAAUACAUGAAUUCGUCGACCAUCUCGAUUUCGUCACCGUCAAUCCGAACUUGGGAUGGGAGGUUCACAUUGUCGUCUCUAAAACCUCCCAUGUAUUUUGUCUUCGAAAUGUUGAUGGCAAGUCCAAUCCAGCUGGCUUCAGCUUUCAGUCUGAUGUACGUUUCCGACAUCGCCUCAAAGCUCCGUGACGUUCAGUCAAUGUCGUCGGCGAAGCCAAGAAGCUGGACGAACUUCCUGAAGAUCGUGCCACUCAUGUCUAUCCCCGCUCUCUUUAUUACACCUUCUAACGCAACGUUGAACUGUAGGCCGAAUCGCGAAUAUUUGGUCCGUGGUGGCGCGGGAGCCCAUGAAUCCCGCUUGAUAGUGCCCCACGAACUCUCUUGCGAAUGGUGACAAACGGUGGCAAAUAAUUUGGGGGAGGUCCUUGUAGGCGGUGAUAAGUAGUGUGAUCGCGCGGUGUUUACAGCAAUCCAACUUGUCACCCUUUUUGUAGAUUGGGUAAACGAUACCCCCCACCCACUCCUCAGGAAGAAUCUCCUCCUCACAAAUUUUGGCGAUUACCCAAGGUAGUGCUCUAGCCAGUGUUUCACCAGCGUAUUUUAGUAACGCGCUGGGUAGAUCUGCAUCGGCAGCUUUGUUGUUUUUCAGCCGACCGAUCUCCUCUUUGACUUCUUAGAGAUCAGGGGCCGGCAGCCUAUCGUCUUCUGCGCGUGCUCCGAGAUCCGUUGCCAUAUCGCCUUCGUCCUCUGCUGCUUCACCGUUGAGGUGCUCGUCAUAGUACUGCUUCCACCUCUCAAUCACCUCACACUCGUUCGUAAGAUGGUUGCCGCCUAAGUCCCUGCACAUAUCGGCUUGCGGAACGUAACCUUUUCGCGAACUGUUCAGCUUCUCGUAGAACUUUCGUGUGUCGGUUACGCGGUACAGUUGUUCCAUCGCUUCGCGAUCUCGUUCUUCCUGUUGGCGCUUCUUUCUCCGGAGGAUCGAGGUUUGCCUGUUCCGUGCUUGUUUGUAUCGCUCCAUAUUCUGUCUCGUUUCGUGCUGCAUUCUUCUCCUCUAUUAACUGCUUACAUUCGUCAUCGGGCGUUUCCUCGAUUCGGAAUCGCUGUUUGCUGUAACCGCUGUUAGCAGUUACGAGGAAAAAGCGAAAUACGAAAAACCUGACUUAUUUUCAUUGUCUUACUCGAUCGCCUUGAUCCUCUGGAAUGCUCCCAAGACUUGAUCUUUUCUCACGGUCACUGCUACCUUCUUGCUGGCAACAUUCACAAAGUAAGGUCCGCUUCCUGUUUACACGAGGUAUGUCCUUAUUGUCUGUUUCUGUUCAACUGACUUGCCCUGUCAAUGCAAGGUUGUUUUAUGUAAGGUGUGACUAAAUACAACAUCCUCCCUUUCCAAAUUUAACAAAAUGUCAAAGAAUCAAAAGUGAAAAAAGUCUACUUCAAUUAAUUAAAAAUAAUCAGAAUAUUUAGCCGGUCUUUUCACAUUUCUUUUUGGUCGUUGACUAUCUGUUUUUUGCAGCUUGUCUUGAACUGGUGUUUCAGCGUGUGACAUCAACUCCGACUUGGUUUCGGUUGGUGCUGCGAACGGAGAAUCUGCUCGUUCUCCUUCCGUAUUCGGGUCUCCAUAAUUAUACCGCUCGAAUAUCCUUUGCGACUCGCAUCGUUCUGGCGGUGGUGAAAGUAUCCUUCCCCUGAUCCUACCAACUGAAUCGUCCUUGUUAUGUAACUUUGGUGUUGUGGGAGUCGAUUUUAGGUGAAUAGCACUCCUACGAUAAAUUCAACCAUUUGCCAUGCCAACCUCACAGGAUUGAUCCGGAAGUUUCCUAAGUAGUAGCGCUUUUUCCCAAUGCGAUGUUAUAUCCGGUCUUCGUUGGACAAGCACAUUAUCACCCACUUCAAGCUCAGGUAACUGUUUGCUCCGCUUAUCAUAACUGACUUUCGUCACUCUCCUCUUUUGUGCAAUACGUUCAGUUAUUUGCGAAGCCCCCGGCGGUUGAAGCUUAUUUGUUAUCAUUGGAAUCUCGUUUCGGGUAUUCCUUGAGAAUAGUCGUUGAUUGGGACUUGUGCCAACUGAGUUUGGUGUAUUCCAAUGUUGUAGCAAGGCUUUUCAGAAUUCAGUUCCAUCUUUCAUGCAUUUCUUAUACAAUUGCUUUAUUGUUUUUACGGCCGACGCCAAUACCAAAUCUAUAUUAACCCUUUGAAAGGGAUAUUCCGGAAUUUCAUGAGUGGUCAUGGGUGUUCUUGUUUGACUCGCGUUAAAUUCCAUGCGUAUUUCACAAUUUCGCACAUAUUUUGUGAUUUGGUCAGUUAUUCCCGGCCAAAAUAGUGCCUCUCUGGCUGCUCGCAAUGUGUAAUCUACACCCAAAUGUGCUGAAUGUAUCUUUUCCAUCAAUUUACUACGAAUACUUCUUGGUACGACUAUCCUGUCACCCUUGAAUACAACUCCUCUCUGAAUUGUCAACUCGUUCUGUAGUGCAUAUUACCGUAGCAGGUCAUCAUCCAGCUCUUCCUUGCUUUGUGGCCACCCUUCGACAAGCACUGUUGUUAGUUUCGAUGAUGUUGCAUCAUUCCUGGUUGCUUCAGCUAUCUUUCUGAAACGCUCAUCCGACAUACUUAUAUAUUCAACCACAUUUAUAUCAGCCACUUCUUUAAGUGCUGCCCUUUCGCAGUAUAAUACAUGUCCGAUCCUUGAUCGUUUUGUGACUUCUCAGUUGCUGUUCUAGAUAACGAGUCCGCAAUAUGAAACUCGAUUCCUCUCUUAUAUUGCACCACUAUAUCGUAACGUUGAAGUGACAUUCUCAUUCGUUGAAGACGAAGAGGCGCCUCUGUUAUCGGUUUUUUAAAAAUAUCCUAUAGCGGCUUGUGGUCCGACUCUACAAUCACUUGACAUCGUCCCGCCACGUAUUGGUCAAAACGCUUACAGGCAAACAAAAUCGGUAGACAUUCGCGUUCGAUAGGUGCAUAAUUGCUUUCAAUUUGUGUUAACGUUCUAGAUGCAUAUGCCACUGGAAGCCCUUCUUGGAGCAAAACACAUCCCACCCCGUACUUGCUUGCAUCGCAUUGGGUAACCAACUUGAGGGAGGGAUCAUAAUACCGAAGAACUGGUGCUUGGGUAACUAAACGUUUGAUUUGUUUGAAAGCUUCCGGUGCAUGGAUAUCCCAUUCAAAUUCUUCAUUUUCUCUCGUAUUAGUCUUCGAAGCACAGCACUCACUUCCGCUAACAUCGGCAGAUAUCGUCCCAGGUACGUGACUAAACCCAAGAAUGUCCUUAGCUCCUUUUUAUCCUUCGGGUUUGGUAUGUUCAACACCGCUGAAACUUUACUCGGAUCCGGUUUAACACCUUUUUCUGUCAAAAUAUGACCAUAGAACGGAACUGAUGAAAGUGCUAUCUUGGCCUAUGAACUUAAACUUAGCUUUAAACCCCUCUCUCGAAAUCUUUGCAUAACUGCUUCCAAAUUUCGGUUGUGGUUCAGUAUGGCUUGUUCCAUCGUAUCACCACAGCCAAAUACCACGACACCAUCCGCUAAACAUCUUACCCCACGAAUGCCAGAAAUAAUUUGCUGUUGUGCCUUUUGAUAAAUUUCUGGUGCACAUGAAACUUCAAACGGCAUUCUUUUCCAACGGUAAACGCCCAUCGGAGUCCAAAAGGCUGUCACGUCGGCGCUGUCCUCGUCUAAUUUAAGAUGCCAGAAUCCGUUUUUAGCAUCCAGUACAGAGAAAAUUUUUGCCUUGGUGAAGUCUGGAAGCAUUUCCUCAAUAGUUGGAAUUUGAUGGUUAGCUCGUUUGAUCGCACGAUUCAAUUCCGGAGGGUCUAAACACAAACGCAGCUUAUUUCCUCUUUGCACCAAAACCAGAUUGCUCAGCUUAUUCAUAUGCCUAUUGAUAGGCUCAAUCACUUGUUGUCGUUCUAGUUCAUUUAUUUUUGCUUUCAAUUCUGGAAGAUACGCUAGGGGGAUUCGACGGGGUUUUUGCUGCACUGCUGCAAUAGAGUGAUCAAUCUCAAUUUUAAAUUUUCCUUCAAAAAGCCCCUCCCCUUCAAAUACGUCCGCGUACUUACUCAGAAUGUGUACGCACUCUUGCUGUAGUGAGUGCAUGCUGUAAAUAUCGUGAACUUUAAUAGUUCCGAGAUCGAUAGCCGAUUGCGAAGACAAUAAUGCCGGGCGUUUUUUUACCACAAUGAAUGUUAGUUGCUUGCUCCCUUGCUUCCAUCUUAUUUCAAGUUCAACCUUUCCUUUAGGUGUGAUAUCCUUUCCCGAGUAGCACCUCAACUUAAUGUUAGUACCUUGCAUCUGACUUGACGGGCAAAGCUUCUUCAGAUCCUUACAGCAGAGAACGUUCACUCUUGCGCCGGUGUCUACCUGAAUAUCCAUUGACUUCACCUGUCGAUUUACAUCUAACACUUUCAACUGUUCCAUUAUUUUACCGGUGUUACUCGAGCCUUCCCUGUCCAGCUUGGCUAUAUCAACGAGCUCACAGUUCUCUUCGGUCUCAGAUUCUCCAGAAGAUGCUGAACUGUCCUCCAUUUGGCGCACGUUUCGUCGCGAAGGCUUUCGCUUAUCAUUUUUUGAGCGACACAUUCUCUUGAAAUGAUUUGCCUUCCGAGACAUUUUUUUCCGAAUGCAGGACAUUUGUUUUUGUCACGUAUAUGUUUUCCGCCACAGUACUGACAUGGUCUGUCAUUGACUUUUGUCGCCGUCACGUUGAAGGUGGUUCCCGCAUUUUCCUUACUGGUUGACAUUAGUUCGAUCUUACGGUCGAGCUCCUCGAUUUGAUGAUGUUCGUUACUCUUCUUCACCAUUUUGGCCACUGAAAGGUCUCCGGAUUUGAGUAGUUCUCUUCUCAUCUGAUGGUCGUUAAUGCCAUCUAUUAUCCUAUCCUUCAAUAGUUCCUCCUGCUGCACAGCGUCAUAACCACACAUAUUUGCUUUUUUCUUCAGUCGUUUAACGAAAUCCUCAAUUUUUUCAUUCUCCCACUGGUGCAGGGUAUUGAAUUCUGCUCGUUCAACACGACAAUCUCUUGCCGGGGUCAAUCGUUCCUGAAUUUUUCCCAAAAUUCUGUAGCUUGAAUAUUCUAAAAGCUUCUUCGUCAUCUGCCCCCAAUUUGAGAGCUGCCGGAACGGGGAUACUGCUCAUUACGAGAUAUUAUAAUUCUUAAACGCGUAGCGACGUUUUAUUUUCCGACGUAAAACAGCUUCUCGACGAUAAUUAAAUAAUACUAGCGUGAAAAUUUAAUCUUCUGACACCAUGUUUACACGAGGUGUGUCUUUAUUGUCUGUUUCUGUUCAACUGACUUGCCCUGCCAAUGCAAGGUUGUUUUAUGUAAGGUGUGCCUAAAUACAACACAUCCAAACGACGGAACGUUUACAGCAUCACACAAAUCAGAAUGCACCAGGUCUAGCUAUUCUUUUGUUCCUGAACCAUUGGUCAGUAAAGGAAUAUGUGUCUGUUUACCUUUAAAGCAUGCUUCACAAUCCAUGCGUACUUCAUCCAUGAAAUCGAAUUCAGCUACCAUUUACUUAAGUUUCUUCAAGCUGCCUUCGUUCAAGUGACCAAGCAAAUCGAUGCCUUUUGCCGGAAACAACUUCUGUGGUUGCGUAACACGAUAUAAGCCUUCUUGAAUUCCGGUGACUACAAGCUCACCGCUUUCGUCCAAGACUUCACAGAUGUUCACCGUAGCUACCUCUUUGUUGUCUCGCGCUUGCAGGUAGUGCUCGCCGAAAGUAAAAAUGUGUUCAGGUCCGAUAUUUUCAAAACGUUAGAAACCUCUCUACUCUUCCGUGAUGUGGCCUCAAUGUUUCUUUAGCACUUUCUUUCAUUUUUUCAAAUUUCAUAUUGAAGUUCAUGUUCCUGUUGUUCGCUGUUCCGACAUCGUAGUCCAUGGCACUAGUUGAUUAGAACGUGUAAUGGUGGACUGGUGGCACGGGAACCGAAAUACCACCCAUCAGUCUUCACAUCUCCGAUUGCUAAAAUGCUGUACAGUUCUUUCGGCGUUUAUCAUGAAUCAGAAUCAUCCGCAUCGCAAACACUCAUGUCAUUAGUUUCCCCAUCUUUUCAGAUUAUCGAUGGCUGGCAAAGCCACGGAGCUUCUGGUAACUCGAGCACUUCCUGUUUUGUAUGCUCUUUCGUCGGUAGCAACUCCUCCUUUUUUGACACCUUCUUGGAUACUUUUAUAAAAUUCUGGGAAUUUCUACACAUUAAACAGUCGUUUACUCACCAACCUACUUUCUGAAAAAAAAACUGUUAACAAACGAAUAAAUGACACCGAAGAUUUUUCACACGCUAGGCAAAGCCUACCUCGUUUCUCAUUUCGAUUCUCUUCUAGCAAAAUGUUAUUUUUAACUAGUUCCACAGGGCUUUACUGACUAUGAUUACAAAUCUGUCCCAUUAAGAUAGGAAAUCCCAUAAAAAAUUGGAAAAAUAUGCGAUCAUGGGCAGUUUACACGAGUCGACCAAAUAGAAAAAUACAAACUCCGUUCCGAGCCCGAAAAAUGUCCAAGGAAUAAAAAACCUGUCGGUCGGUUAGUUAAUGGUAAAUAAGGCAUUUUCGGCAUCCAUAGACAGCAGUUGAUGUUUUUUUGUAAACUUGUAGAAAAAUAAUUAUACAUAUAUUAUCAUUCUAGUCG